CCCUCCCAGAUUUUGUUUUCUUUUAAUUUAUUGUGAAGAACUAUGCUAAAAACUAAUGAAUUGAGCCCGAAAAGUUGCAUAUUUAAAAUAAUUUAUUUUUUAGAGCGUUUUAUACUUAAGCCUUAAAAUUUUCUCCCAUAUGCUUUUCUAUAUAAAAUGUUCAGGUAACCCCAUAUUCACUGACAAAUAACUCGUAUGGCCGACGUAGUUAUGUAAGAUGGCUAUACAAGAUGUUUACAGCAUAUAUUCAGCUACCAAAAAAUGAAAUAAAAUUUUUUUCAAAACAUAAAAUGGUUAAAUUACAUUAAAAACAAUCAACGCUAAAACUACGCGAAAAAGACCAUCUGCGCAUGCGCAGUAGCGGUGACUGCUAAACUACGAACUCAUUCAGAUGUAAAUAAAUUGAAUUAAGGUUAUUUAUCUCAUGAAAUGGAUAUUUUUUGGAUAAAUGGCACUUGUCUUCUGGAUCAUUUAUUGCUUGGAUUGUUUUUAUGCCGACUGGUGUGUAGUAUUUGUUUCCGCACAUCGAUUUUUUUAUAUACAACAUAACUAAUUUUAUCCAAGAUGGCGGGAGCUCUGAUUGCCGUCGGUUUCGUAUGUGGAAGGAGAAUGCACACAGUUAUUUAUUUACGGCAUGAUAUGCAGUUUUUCAUAAAUUACCCACAAGAAAGGACUGGUAGAACUUUAUGGUCGUAUAAUAUCGGCCUUACUAACUAUGGAUAUCAAGAAAACUACCAGGUUUUCAAGGACAAGAGCGCUCACAGAGAAAUGCAAAGACUUGAAGUUUACUGCUCAAAUAAAAACUAUGGAUGCCCUAAAAAGAUGAAAUGGAAAGAGUUGGAUAAACAUUCAGCAGAUUGUGAAUAUACCCCUGAGUGUUGUGCAUUUUGUGGCAACCUUAUUCCACGUAUACAAACAAACCAUCACCAGACUGAAGAAUGUUCACAGCGACCAGUAGCAUGUCGGUAUUGCCUACAACAGGUGCCCUUUUCAGAGUAUGAGACACACAUAGAUGAAACAUGUCUUGAAGUCCAAGUGGAUUGUCCACACAAAUGUGGUGCAACUGGAAUUAAAAGAGGGGAGCUUGAAGAGCAUUUUAGAAUAUGUCAAGCAAAGCCAGCAGAAUGCCCAUACAGAGUUUAUGGAUGUGAAUUUCAGGGAACACAACCAGAGGUUAAGACACAUGAAGAUGAAGAUAAAGUGAACCACAUACAUUUAUUAGCUGUACAGUUAGGUAGACUAGAACUUGACAAGAUGGAGAUCACACGAAAAACUGAGGAAUGCCAAAAUCAGUUAGAUGCUUUAAAGAACCAGGUCCAAAGUUUCGAAGCAGACAACGAGCAACAUAAACAGACUGCAGAAAACUUUGAAAAGAAAAUGAAAAGCUUACAGGUAGGUCUUGUGGCAUGGUUUAUUUAACCUACUUUCAGGAAUUCCGAUCUGAUGCAUGCUAUCUUUGUUAAAUAUAUUUUCUGCUUAGCAGCUCUGACCUUAAAUGGACCCUCCAUGUGAUAAUGAAAGUUUACAAAUUUUAAAGUUAAACAAGUAUAAACCUGUUUGAAUUGAAACUGAAAAAUAAAUGUAUACUUUCAAAAAUGAUAUAGAAACUUAAGUCUGUGUGUGGUUUAAUGACAAUACUUGUUUUAUCCAAUGCAGACAAAGUAAAUUGUAGUAUGAAUAUUCAAUGAGGAGAAAUGCACGUCAUCAUCAUGAACCAAAAACAUCCCCACCUUCCUU